AUGGAUAUAAAAUCUCUGCCUUGCUAAACCCCUAAAGUUCCCCGCCUGUUGAGCAAGGAGCGAGCGAGCGAGCGAGCAUGGCAUCCAAGCAGAAGAGGAAAAGCAAUGGUCUGUCUGACGUGAAAACCCUGGGGCUUCAGCUUCUGUCCACCCGUGCUCACAUCAACAACCUCCCUCUUCUUCUUUCCUUUAUUUCCCCUACUUCUCCUCCUAAUUAUGUCGUCGAAUCCCUUCUUUCUCUCCAGUCUUUCUUUCUUCCCCUCCUCCCCGACCUUCCUUCAUCUUCAUCGUCCCCCCUUGACAUAUCGAGCCAUGACCCCCAACUCAUAUACCGCGUUUGGAUCCGUUCCAAAUUCGAUGACUUCAUUAAGUCUCUUGUUCACGUUUUCGUGUCCCCACAAUCCGACGAAACACUUAAGGAGGUCGUGUUAGAUGCUAUGAUGGAAUUUGUGAAGGUGGCAAAUGGUGGGAAGUUUUCCUCUUCUCUAUAUCACAAGCUUCUGCAUGGUAUUGUUCACUCUUCUGAUGAAGUCGUUUUUCCGGUGGAAUUGCUCUCAUCAAAGUAUUUCGGAUAUAUGGACGUCCGUUACUUUACAUAUAUAAGCCUGGGAAGGUUUGCUAGGACAUUGGAAGGAAAAGUUAUAUCAGGUUUUAAACUUGCAAAAGAAGAUGGUAUCAAUGAAAGUCCACUGAACCCAAGUUUGGAGCACGUCAUCCGCAAUAUAUAUUGCACUAUAUCACAUGCCUCCCCUAUUCAAAGCUUGGAUAACCCAUCUAAUUUUGAGAUGUGGAGUGAAUCAGUAGGUUUUUUAUCCAAAGAACGUGAACAUGAACAACUUUCUAAAGAAGGGGAUUUAGAUGAUAACCAGCUGAAGACUGAGAAGCGUAAUAGUAAUGUGACUUCUGCAGGCACAAUUGCCAAAAAGAUGAAAUCCAAAUUUAGCAAAGCGUGGAUUUCAUAUCUUAGGUUGCCACUUCCACUUGCUGUGUACAAGGAGGUUCUUGUUAACCUUCACCAAGCAGUUAUUCCUCAUUUGACAAAACCUAAUAUGCUAUGCGAUUUCUUAACAAGGUCGUAUGAUGUUGGGGGUGUUGUUAGUGUCAUGGCUCUUAGCAGCCUUCAUGUCCUGAUGACCCAGCAUGGAGUGGAAUACCCAAAUUUCUAUGAAAAACUCUAUGCUCUCUUAGUUCCAUCUAUCUUUAUGGCUAAACACCGAGCUAAGUUUUUCCAGCUUCUUGAUUCUUGCCUUAAGUCAGCUUUUCUUCCUGCUUAUCUGGCUGCUUCAUUUGCGAAGAAAUUGAGUAGACUGUUGCUUUCAGUCUCUCCUUCAGGAGCAUUGGUUAUCAUUGCCUUGAUUCAUAAUCUCUUGCGGAGACAUCCUUCAAUUAACUGCUUGGUUCAUCGGGAGGAUGGUGAUGAGGAAGGGAAAGAUGAAUCUAAAACAAAUAAAGUCAUCUCUGAUAAAAUUGAUGACUCCAAGACUGGUGCUAUGCCCUGCAAGAAAUUAGGCAUUGACCACUUUAACAAUGGGGAAACUAAUCCCAGGGAUUCUUGGGCAAUGAGGAGUUCUCUUUGGGAGACAGAUAGCAUUCUUCAACACUACUGUCCUCCUGUGUCAAGAUUUGCUUUGUCUCUUGGGACUGAUUUGACCGUGAGGGCCAAAACAAGUGAAAUAAAGGUCGAGGAUUUCAGUUCAGGUUCAUAUGCUACAGUAUUUGGAGAGGAGAUUAGGCGGAGGGUAAAGCAAGUUCCCCUCGCAUUCUACAAGUCAACUCCAUCCUCUUUGUUUUCAGCUACUGAUUCUGCCGGUUGGACUUUCAAAUUGGAAGCAGAAGCAGCCCAAGAGAUUAAUGAGAGGGAUAUCUCAGAACAUUUUUACAGCCCUGCUAAACGGCAACGGAAAGAAGGUCCGUGAUACAUGUUUCGCACCAACAAAAUCUGCAGCCUUGUUAAGUUGCGUCACCAUUCUCUAGAAAUCUGCAGAUGUCGCUUCUUGGUAGGGACGGGUUUGCAAUCUGAAAUAAUUAGAGGUGUUGAUGAUCACGAUGGAUUUUUCUGUAUUCAUUCAGUAGAAUUUUGAUUUGAUUAAAGAUGAGAAGGAAGUAAAAGAAUAACGGUUAUUGGCACUAUCUACUUUUCCUUUAUCCCAUAACUCAUAUGCCAUUACCUUUUGUAACUAAUAAAUUUAAUUUUGUAAGCCUAAUUUGCUUAUUUCAUUUAAACAAGUAUAUUGGGGUAUUUGGAUGAGCC